AUUGCCAUUUUAAUCAAAAAAGUUAUAUUCUUUUAUUUACAAAUAAUACUCCUGUCUUCCUGUCAACAAGCUACAUUUCCAGAAAAUUCAAUCAAAAAUGGAGGGAAAAACGCGAGAGGAGAUAUUAGAGUCUAUGGACCUGGUUUUUGUGGACGCAAUUCUACCGAGGGUCCGUAAAGGACUCGACACCACCAAUAGGGCCCACUACAAGGACCAUACAGCUGAGAUUAAACGAGCCAAGUCGGCAUGGCGACCACAAACCGAUCCCUCUCUCAUAUCUGGACAUUUCGCGCACAAUCUGAAGGUUAGUGGCCUGCAGAUGAAAACCAGAACAUGGCCCCGUUCCAUGGAUUGGCGUGAGGAGUAUAAACAAUUUGUAAAGCGCAACAAGUGGUGCAACCCUGAGAUCUACAAGUUGUUUUUCGUAUGUCCUCCCAUCCGCUACGAAGACGUAGUGAACUACCUUAAGGAUCUGCUGAAAACCACUUAUAUGUCUGAUUACUCACCGAACGAGUACAAAUCGCUUUUCAGUCAACAUCGGGUCGUUAUGGGUCCGGAGGAUGGCAAAGAUGGCAUCGACUAUCAGACUACCUAUGGUAACUAUUACAAUCGGAUUCAGGAGGAGAAUCCUUUCAAGGAUUCCCUUUACAAGGAUCCAGAACUAAUUGCAAAAAAGAUGUCGGUCCCAGAAUUUGCAAAGGCAAUGCGAAAGCUCUUCACCAAAUACAACCUGACAACGUAUUACGAAGAAAUAUGCCUUCCGACGCUCAUAAAGGCCAAGAAUGGCAUAAUGCCGUCUGGACCCAUCGAUCGUUAUACUCUUCGGAAGCAAUAG